AAAUUGGCAUUUAAUUCGAUAAUUAAUCCGAAGUUAACAGAAACAGAAAGAGGAUUUCUGAUCCAUAAGUUCUUCGAGAAAUGUUUGAAUGCUACGAAAGUCAUGCAUCUUGCAUCGAUGUUAAUGCUCUACACAAUUAACGAAGCAUUUGAUGAUGGCAAUUUGGACUUCUUCGUGAAUCAAAACGGAGCAAAUUUGAUUACAGACUGUUUCAACUGUGUCACAUCGAACAACAUCAACGAUCCACUCACAGCCCAAAUGCCAGACGAAUUUCUCGCGAUGGUGACCCAAGGUAGCCCCAACUUUGAAUGGCCACGCCGCCAUCAAAUGACUCGCCAAGUUUAUGCUCUCAAGGACCAGUAUGUGGCCAAUGUGAAGACAAAUUUGGAGACGCACUGUUGGGUGAGAUUGACCCACUUUCUACGUGUAAAGUGCCAUGAAUUCAAUCACAAAGGAAGCCCACUUGGCGUUAUUUAUGAUGCAUCAUACUUGCCUUUCGAUGACAUUGACAUUCGAAAUACGAUGAAAAAUUUGAUGUACAAUGAAGAUUGGACUUAUGAUGAUGAUGAAAGUCGAAAGUCGAAGAUGGAAAUACUGUUUAAGGAAGUGUCUCAGCUUUGUGGCCCAUCAUUCGUAAAAUACUUCACAAUGUACGAAUACAUUCAAAAGGACUGGUUCGAGUCUUUGUGGAUGUGGAUAGGCAUGCAACGAAUUGUCGAGAAAUUUUUGAUCGAUACGGCUCACCUUCGUGAACAGUGGAAAGCAUACGAUCGUGAUCCAGUGAACAAUCGAGAGCCGUCGGUACCGAAGAUACCAAAAGUGAAGAAUUUCGCCGCUAUUCCACUCUGUGAUACAAAACUGAAGCACAUACCAUUCGACCAUAAUGACUUGAUUGAUAUCAUUGGCCAGUUGAGAAAUGAACGGGGAUGGGAUAUCCGUGCUGAUUAUCGUACAUACUACAAGCAAGGCGAGAACAAAGACGAGGCAUGGGGAAUUGUGUUCGAUAUGGACAAAAUCAGACAGCUCAGAACCGGUUCGAAAGAGUUUUACCACAAAAUUCAAACCAACAGUAGUGCCGUGUCGGUGUUGUUUAGCAGACCCAAACGCAAAGGAGCCGGCGUGACUCUGUCUGAAAUCAAAGCAAAGUACGAAAAGCCAGUCAGCAAAGGCGGUUACAAGUAUGAGUCAGGAAUUGAUCCCGGCCAGAAAACAAAAAUGGCCUGCGUGCGUCGGACUCUCGCUACUGGAAUUGAAACCAACAUCAAAUUAUCGAGUAUUCAAUAUCACUGGGGUGCGCGACAAGGAAUGCGCGACAAACAGGCCACGAAAAUGACCAAAAAGUACGUGCACAAAGAACAGCGCGACUUGAAAAGCUAUCCGAUCACAUCCGUAUCGCCGCGAGGAUCACAAUGGAAAUCAUUCAUUAAGCACAAAAUCAAAAUGCUGACAAAUUCAUUGGCUACAUACGCCAGAAGAAAGUACGCACAGCUAUCGUUGCACAAGUACAUCGAGUCUAAUCGCGAAAUGGAUUUGAUGGCUAAACACAUAACAAACAAUGAGACAGGAGUUGUAUUCCUUGGUGAUGCGGCGUUCCCAUCAAAUUCGAAAAUCGGUGUGAAAAGAACAAAACGAUCACCAGAUCAGCGAAAGUUCAUAGUUAGCCUAAAAAAGAACGGCAAAACGGAUGUUGUGCUUACACCAGAGCCGUAUACAUCACAAACCUGUGCCAAUUGCUUGCGGCGAUUUCCGAGAAGCACAAAAAGUGACCGAUUCAAAGUGUGCAAAGAUUGAGCGUGAAAGCCACAAUCCAGAGCAAUUGGAUACCGAAGAGGCAGUGAGACAGUACAAUCGACGCAUACGACGGCGUGAACUACGUCAACGACGUCGAGUUGCAGGCCAUCGCAGCCGUAAAGUAUCCAAACAGCCGGAAGCGGAAUCCGAUUUGCCAGGUUUUGUGAAAAUUGGUGACACAAGUAUUUGCAAGAUUCGUGUCAAAAAUCGUAAGGCCAAACCACAAUUAUGGCAGCGAAUACAUUACGAUGCAACUGAUAAAGGAAUUGGGUUAUUGGGGUCAAAGAAAAUAGCCUUCCAGAAAAACUGGCACUCAAGCCCAAUGAAUGAUCAGAACGCUUUUACUGCUACUUGGCAUCGUGACAUCUGUGCGGCGAAGUGCAUCUUGUACAGAGGCCGUUGUAUGGUUUUCGACUUGAAUGUGCACGAAUCAUUUGUGUUACCACCAGAAAGGAUAUGGCCAAAAUGUCGAGAUGACCAAUCGAGUCGGCCAAUCAAAUGCUGUCGAUGAAAAGUAGAGCGUAGAUCAAGAGAAUAAAAUAAAACAUUAACGAUUAGUUAUUAUCAAAGCUUGAUUUUUGUGGCUUUGUACAUUAAAAUGUGUGUGCAAAUACACGAUGUAAUACGGCUUAAGCCCGUAGGUAAGUUGUUGUAAGAUUUUCUCAGUCAGUUGGUCAAUUUCAAUAUCCACACCAAUAUUUACCAAAGUCAUAAAUGGACCUAGUUCAAGUGAAGCGUACAGUUGGAUGAUACUCGAGGUGGGUCCAUUUAUGACCUUGUUUCACACGUGAUUUGUUAUUUUGUUAUCAAUUGAUUCAUAAUCGUUUUUAUAUCCUUCUAAUUGAUUUGUUUUUACCGUUUUUUUCUACUUCCAUUGUGACGUUAAAAAUGACUGAAACUACACACAAAUGCG